AUGAAGAAAGAUCGAACAAAAUCUAGUCAAAUGGUGGCAGGCGAGUGGACUUUAUCGAAUGGUACAAAAUUAUAUGCAACUACUGUGUGUCGUCGUUUAAUAGAACAUGAACAUUGGUUAGAUGAAUGGAAUAAUGUUAUGUGGAGUGACGAAACACAUUUUGAAGUAUUAAAUCGUAAAAAUGGUACUUACAUUCAUCGUCUACAAUCGGAAGUCGAUCAACCAUUCAAUUUCACUCCACGUGCACAAGGUGGUGGUGGCUGUGCUAGCGUGUGGGGAUGCAUAUCUGGUGGUGCUCGUGGUCAACGCAUGGUUUAUAAUGGUAGAUUAAACGGUCCUGCUUAUUAA